GAGUUCAGCUGGGCCGGGAGGGCGAACGGGAUCGAGGGUUUUGUGUGCCAGUUCUGUCUUGGUGGGCACUGGGCGCACAGUGUGAUAAGACGGUGCCCGUAACGGAGGGGCGCUGGACUGGCCAGAGAGGCAGUCGUGAGAGAUGUCGGACAGAGUGUGAGACUGUGAGCUGUGAGAGGGUCCGUGUCGGACAGUCUGGUGAGAGUGUGAUAGUCUGUGGCGGACAGUCUGGUGAGAGGGUCCGUGUUGGACUGUCUGGUGAGGGUGCCUGUGACGGAGGGACACUGGACAGCGGACAGCGGACAGCGGACAGUGGACAGCGGACACUGGACAGUGGACAGUGGACAGUGGACAGUCGCGAUCUGGUCCGUGACAGUCGGACAAUGGUCUGUCUGGUCCGAGUGCUCGUGGCGGGCGGGUCGGUGUUUUUGCUCUCCGAUAACAGAUAACCCUGCUCUCCGCGACGGCCGUGCAUCAGAUUGCAGUACCACCACGCUAAUAAACCGGUAGAAUGCGGUGACUGUAUCAGCGAGUGCGCCGGUGCGCGGUGCGACUCGAACCGGUUGUGUCCAUCUGCUCAACACCCCCCCCCCCCCGCCGUCCCCCCAGCUCACGUGGACAGACAUCCGCCCAGUGCGCGGUAUUCAGUUCUGUCGGUGUCGAGAGAGGCGUCGGACGUCCACACUCACCCGACAUCAGUGAGCUGGUGUUUCGCUAGCCGUCUUUCAGUGCCAUCAGUGGGCCUCUCAACGUCCGUCGCAUCAAUAAGCCGUCAGUCAUCGUCAGUGAGCCUACCUCAACGUCUGCCACCGAUACCUUCCUCGUCACGUAACGCCCAGUCCGUGACUGCUGUGUAGUGUGUAGUGAGCGGCGAUGUCGCGUCGCGUCGGUCGCCGCCGGCCGUGAGCCGAACAGUCGUGUGUCGAUAGCGGCGGAGUGCCGCCCGUGCGUCGUCGUCGGCGUGUGCUGCCGCCGGCGAGUCGAGUCGCUCGUGAGCGGGUCCCCGUGCGUCGGCCGCCGGCCGGCCAUGUGUUUUUGACCGUCACCUGGCGCGAUAACGGCCGGCGUUCGGUGCGCGCUGACUCGUCGGCCGGUGACGUGCCUCGGCGCGUUAUCGCCGCCUCUGUGUGCUCUGCGGUGUCGACCCGAUGUAGAUGGGCCGCCGAGGGUCGGCCGGCACCAGUCGACACCCGUCCGCCAUCACCGGCCCAACAGCCGCCGGCGCGGCGCUGGCUGGAGCCCGAACCUGACAGCGCAGGACGAGGCGGGGCGCCUCCGAGACUGGAGCGGACGCCAGAGGCCGCAGAGGACACCGCGAGGACUGGAGAGGACGCGGCUCACUGCUCGUCAGAGCGGCGGAUGUGGAGGAGACAGGACGGCUACCGGUGACCUGAGCUCAGCACGGCGACCAGUGACCCGAGGUCAGGACAGCGACCGGUGAUCUGAGAUCAGGACGGUUACCGGUGACCCGAGGUCAGGACAGCGACCUUUGGCCUGAGUUCAGCACGGCGACCGGUGACCUGAGGUCAGGACGGCAACCGGUGACCUGAGGCCGGCGUUGUCGGCACGAUGACGCGCAAGGGCACGGUGGUGGCAGUAGUGGUGUUGACUGCUCUGGUGGCCAUCACGGCGGUCACCCACUAUCGGAGCUGGAGCCUCAGUCAGCUGGCGUCGGGCGGCUGGCCUCCCCAGGAGCCGGUGGUUCUUCUCAGCUGGCCGACGCCCGUCGCCACACUCGAGGUGUCGCGCCAGCUGUACGCCUACCUGGAGACGCCGACGGCUUACUGCCGGCGGCUGCAGCUGCUCGGCGGCAGCUGCUCCUCCUCCGGCGCUCUCUCGGGACACACGCUGCUCUGCCGGGACGACGCGUACGCGCCCGAGUCGGGUCAGUGUCUGGUGUACUCGGCCAGCUCGGCCGGCGAGUGGAGCUUCGCCAGGGACGCGGCGCACUACCAGUGCGAGGUGCACGUGUUCGACCCGGCGCUGCCGACCAGCACGCCGCGGCCCGAGCACGCGGCCGGGGUGCAGUUCCACCGGCUGGGACUGGCCGGCCGCGGUCGGACCGAGACCGGCGCCCAGGCCCUCACACUCUCUGAGUUGAAGGAGAAGGUGGGUCACGCCGGCCGAGUGAUCGACUUUCUGCGCGUGGACGUGCAGGGCGACGAGUGGGGAUGGCUGGAGCGGGACAUCGAGGCGCUGUCCGACGUCCGCCAGCUGGGGAUGCGAGUCUACCUGAGUCUGGAUAGCCUGCGCCGCCACCACAGCCUGCUGUGGAAGCUGCAGGCGCUCGGCCUGAGGCUGGUCUACUCGGCUGCAGACAGCGCCACCGGCCGCGCCUGGGACGUGGAAGGCGUGGACGGCAAGGUGGCCGUCGUCUACGACCUGGUGUUCAUCAACCGACGCCGCUGCCGGGCUACUUUUGGCUGCGGGGCCUGACCCAUAGCAGGAGGAGGGUACUGGCUGAGCUAGGAGCAGAAACUGACAGAACGUACGGAAAGUGACUGAACGUGCGGAAAUUGAGCGAACCUGCGGGACUACACCGAAUGUGCGGAAGUCGAACGAACGUGCGGGAAUGAACGAUCGCUCAGGCAUUGACUAAACGUGCGGAUAUUGCACGAACGUGCGGGAAUUGACUGAACAGCUGUAUACGGAGCAUCGACUGGCAUAGUGCCCAAGCCUCACCGUCCAAACUGACGAAAGAUGUUGGCAGAACUGACGACAGAGGUUGACUGAUUUGGGUCCAGGCUGUCCUUACAGGGCAAUUAAUAGGAGACCGACGCGGCCAACGCAUGAGGCGGCCUGUGGCUAAGUAGCCUUUGGAAUUUGACAGGAGCAGACGCAGGCUCUGACGAAACAAUCAUAGCAAUGUAUGUAUUGUGUUGAUUAUAAUGAGGAUGAGUAGCUGGCUCAUACUGCCAUCUGUUCAGGUGAGCUCGUAACAGCCUCCACAAAUGCAGAGCUUGUGAUGUUGUACCAAAUGUCGUCAGUAAGCUUUAGGUUAAUGCAGUUAGACAGGUUGAGAAGUAAAGGAAGCAAUGUCCUGUCGUGAAUCGUUACUCGGGAAUCGUAUCGUCAUAAAAUCGUUAAUUGUAAAUCGAUAUACGUUAGUAGAUUAAAAUAGAUACACUAAUUGCCCGACAUUUCACUUAAUUAGCUUCCUCAACGUCUGGUAUACAAACAUAGCCAUUUUGGCCCCGCCAAAAUAGCCAUUUUGAUUUUCAUUUUUGAAUGUUUGCAUACCUACUGAAGCGAAGCAUUGGGCAAUUUAUGUAUCAAUUUUACCGUAGUUGCGAUUUAACGGCUAACUAUUUACAACUAACGAUUUUAUGACGAUUCUAGAGUAACGAUUUAUGAAAGGUCUUUUCUGCAUUUACUUCCUCAAGCUUUAGGUUUGAUAUCGUGUCACCGCUAAAGUGUGACGCGGAAUAUGUUCGUUUAGCCAUCGUGUGUGCCGCGAAUCUGUAAUGUUUCGCAUCACAUCGUAUUUAUAAAUAAAUGUCCAAAGGCGAAUAUUCAGGAAUUUCUGCCAACGUUUUUGUUAAAUACAAAGAAACGCUA